GUGUUUGUAUUUCACCUAAGGUAUAUUCGCAUCUUCAAUGGUGCUUAAUCAAUAUCUGCUUCUGCUCCACACGAUUUUGUCGUAAACUUAACGAAUAUCUUUGUAAACGUGAACAACGAUGCAUAAGAAGAAGUGCAGUAUGUGAUGGUAUUGAUGAUUGUCUUGACGGUCAGGAUGAGAGGAAGUGUAGUGAGUGUCUCAUGGCCGCAUUCUCAGAAGGGAAGAAGUGCGCAAGAGGUUUGUUCGCUUGUCGGAAUCGAGAGGAAUGCGUACCGGGUCAUUUAGAAUGCGAUGGUGUGCCCGACUGCUCGGAUGGAAGUGACGAACAUGAGCAUUGCUGUCAUUAUUUUCAUUCGCCGAAAACAAGCGUGCUGUGA